UUUCCCCAGCCUCGUGAAAAUACCUUGGUUUCAUCAAUAUAAAGGCGAGCUCUCAAGCGCAGAAUGUAAACAAAUAAACAGACUCUUAUCAGGCCACUGUUUUGAUAAAGCAACACUAGCCAAAAUGAAGGUGAUAAACUGCAACACAUGUGACGCAUGUGAAGUGGUGGAAAACGCCUCGCAUAUAAUCUUCAGCUGUAUAAAAUAUACCACUACAAGACAGCAAUUCCCAACACUGCUAAAGUACAACAGCAUUUAUAACUUUUUUGCUAACGAAAAUACCAGCUCAUACAAAUCAAUCACACAAUUUCUAAACACAAUUAAGUCUAAUAUUUAAAUGCUAACAUCGCACUAAAAACACAAUUGGUGAUGGCGUUUUCCUCGUAACCAACGUGGACGGCCAAAUAAUUCUUUGCAUUAAACUGUGCAAAGUAACCUAAAUCAAAAAAAAAAAAAAAAAAAAUAAUCCUACUUUGCCAGGGUUAUAGCUAAAAUGCCGUCGAAGAAAAAGAAAUACAAUGCACGCUUUCCUGCGACUCGCAUUAAGAAAAUCAUGCAAAGCGACGAAGAAAUCGGAAAAGUUGCAUCAGCAGUGCCGGUCAUUAUUUCCCGCACAUUGGAGCUGUUUGUGGAAUCGUUGCUGACUAAGACACUAAGAAUUACGCACUCACGCAACGCCAAAACACUGUCCACCUCCCACAUGAAGCAGUGCAUCAUGUCGGAGCAGCGAUUUGACUUCUUAAAAGAGCUUGUAAAAAAUAUACCAGACAUCAGCGUGGCCGAGGAGGCAUGCAAUUAUAAUGACGAUAGCUCCCCCGAGGAGCAAUAUCCGGACUCAGACACGCCAUAUGAUCUUAGCCUGCCAUCAACGUCAAUGCAACGUGCCGUGCCCAACGGCGCCACCACGUUCGCGCGCUCAGUUAGCCUGAACGGAGCUGCAGGCGGAUUAAAGCGUCAUCACCAACAACCCGCCUCAAGUCCGGCUUCAGUUAUUGUCCAAAAUGCUGCCGUAUUUGCGCAAAUGCAACAGGAGCAGCAGCAUCAGCAGCAGGUGGGGUACUCUCCCGCCAAACUGGCCCGCUCUGAAUCCACGCCAGCCAGAACCAAUGUCCAUGCCUACCAUAGCAGACAAAUACGCGACACUGCCAUACCUGCACCAAUUAGCAGCUACGAGCUUAAUAAACCCAUUGUAAAAAUCGAAUAUAGCAAGAUUCCAACAAAAGGACUGGGCUCGCCUGAGGCGGCCAAUUGCAGCAGCGCCGGCGCCGUUGCUGAUGCGGCUUUUAACUUUGCCGCUCCAGUUAUUAACAUUGAUCUUACAAACAUAGUGGCUGCGGCGGCAGAGACUCCUGCACCAACAACAACUAUUUGCUAUGGAGCAACGUCGGCUAGUAAGAGCGACGACAAUGGUGAUGGUAACGACAGCAACAACUCCAGAGGAAAACUUACAGCCACUUUCAAUCACAUUUCUGGCGGGAGCAGCAACGCUCCGUUCAUUCCAAAGGCCACAGUAUCAGCGCCAAUAAAUGAGUCGUUUUUCGAAUUAGAUGAAGACUAUGACAAUAUUUAAAUACAUAGAUCUUAAAGUUU